CAGGGCACACACUGCGUGAGCGUGUGAAGUGAAAAUCCAUCCAGUGGUGUGAUUUGCCUUCGGAAUCCAGGAAAAGAAGCAAGAUCAAACUGUCUGGGAUGUUGAUUAGGAAGCAGCUUGAGCGCGCACACACACACACGCGCGUUUGCCUGCAGUACGCUAGAAUUUGCUAUGUGGCGAGCGACGAGAGGAAAAGAAGAGCUGUGUGCUGUGCUGUGGUGUGGCUAGAACCGACGCGUUUCCGACAGUCGAUCGAUGUUCAGAAGCGUUUCGUAACCAGCAAAAGUGCGAUUACGCGGCUGUGGCCGAUGUGUUUGCUCACCAAAAAAAAAAAAACACUGGAGGAAUAGUUUAACCAGGAGGAGUUGUAGGGCAAGGAGAAAGAGAAGGCACAACUCCCAGUGGCAUUUAGCAUCACGGGCUCUCCUCCAUCGAAUCGCGCUGGUGGAAGAUGCAGUCGUCCCGCACCACUGCAAACACAGCAACAACAAAGUUUCUAGUGUAGGUGUAUUUUGUAGUGAAGUUUUUGAAGUGUGUGUCUCUCUAAUGCAAGCAAACGGUGCUCUGGGGGCACAAUUUUGACCCGGCUUGAAAGGUGGAAAAUCCGUUUUUUUUUGUGUCCGGCAAGUGAGAAGUGAAGGUGGUUUUUUUUGGGCGAUUCCGACGCGUGCGAGUUGCAGCUCAUCUCAACAACAAGUGUCUCAAAUGUUACCUGUGUAAACAAUAGUGGAGCGAGAGUGUGGUUCCGGGUCGCUGCAAACCCGCCAUGAAGCUUGUGUAGAAUUGUGCUUUCGUUUCAAUCUCCACACACACACACGUCCACAAACCAAAAUCUCAAGUUAAAACCACAUUGCCCCGGCAAGUUUUCCACUGCUGUUCCUGCUUUUUCCGCUACAUUCUUUGCCACCUGUGCGACCACCACCACCAGCAGCAGGAGCCAUCGCAGAGCAGCAGCCCGUGUCGCAAACGAACGAUGGACGAAAAGAAACCAAUUCCGGCGCCACCCGGUGGCAAUGGGACGGCCACCGUUGCCGCCGACCAGGACGGGGACGAGAAGCGGGUCGGCUGUGCGCACUACAAGCGGCGGGCCAAAUUUGUGACACCUUGCUGCAACAAAUUCUACAUGUGUCGAUACUGUCACGACGAGAACGAAACGCACUUCUUCAACCGGAAAACGGUGACGGAGCUGAUCUGCACCGAGUGCGACACCCGGCAGCGUGUGCAGGCGGAGUGCGAAAAGUGUGGCGUACGGUUCGGGCGGUACACAUGUCUGGUGUGCAAUCUGUUCGACGACGAGGACCGCAAUCAGUAUCACUGUGAUGGGUGCGGCAUCUGCCGCGUCGGUGGCCGCGGACGGUUCUUUCACUGUGAGGUUUGCAAUAUGUGUUUACCGCUGCAGCUAAAGUACGACGGCCAUAGGUGCGUGGAAAAUGUGUCCCGAUCCAACUGUCCCGUGUGUCUGGACGAUAUACACACUUCCCGCAUACCGUGCCACAUUCCGGACUGUGGCCACCUGCUUCAUCGAACGUGCUUUGAAGAGCUGCUUUCGUCCGGCCAUUAUGCUUGCCCCACCUGCCAGACCUCGAUGAUGGACAUGAAUCAGCUGUGGGAGUAUCUGGACGCGGAAGUGGCCGCCACACCCAUGCCAAAGGAGUACGCGAACUAUUUCGUGGACAUUCUGUGCAAAGAUUGCCACAAGGAGUCAACGGUAAAGUUCCACGUCGUUGGGCUGAAGUGUACCCACUGCGGUGCGUACAACACCUGCCGGACCAAGACGAAAAAUAUGAACGGGUGCAACAGCACGCCGCCACCCGGGGGCAGCAGCUCGGCCGGGGCAAGCAGUGCGGCGGGUGGUACGGCCCAGUCGAACCCAGCUGCCGAAACGACGACCCCCUGGAUACGGAUGGUGCCGCUGUCGAUGGUGGAAUCGGACGAUAAUGCCAUCGAUGACAGUGCCAUCGAUGACAGCGCCAUUGACGACAGUGAAGAUGAACGACUCGUGGAUCGCCUUGACACCUACCUGCAGCAGGUAACGCCCGGUGGUGAUGACGGUGCCAGCACGUCGGCCGCUUCAUCCUCCUCUUCGAACUCUUCGUCCGGCUCCUCCUCCUCGUCCUCGUCUUCCGUUCCGUCCUCCUCGACGAUGGUCAGCACGGUAUCGGUUGGGCAGCAACAGCAGCACCGGCCAGCGCAACGAUUGAACAACGGCACCAGCAACGGAAGCAGAAGUGACGCGUGCAGUUCGUCCGGGCUUGGCAUUUCCUACCCACGGCACGGUGGCCAACCGGCCAGUGGCAGCAGCAGCAGCAGCAGUAACGGUAGCAGUAGCAUCAAUAGUAGCAACGUCAAUGGCACCCUGCCAGCAGCAGUGAGCAGCAGUAACGGACGGACGGACGUAGCAGGCUCCUCGUCGGCGUCCUCCUCCUCCGCAUCCUCCUCCCCGGUCCGUGACGACGAUCGUUCCACGUUCGAUAAUAGCAAUAGUACCAGCGAUGGUGGUGCAGCUCAAAUCUGAAAGCAGGACGCAGCGGACGCAGUGCGGGUUGAAGUGUGUAAUCGUCCUUUCGAUCUGGGUCGGAAUAUCUGAAUGUGAUCCUUGUUGUGUGCGAGUGUAUGUGCACGUGCUCGCGUGCUUGCGUGUGUAGUAGAUAACUUCCUAGUACGGGGGGGAAAGAGCAGCAGCAGCAGUAGGGCAACCGCGUUUCCUUGGUGAUGAUGAUGAUGAUGUUGGUGAUGCGUCUGGUGGUGGUGUGGUGAAAAGAAGAAAGCACUAACCAAGUGCAGACAAAAAAACGCUACUACAGCGCAGUGCAGCGUGUGUGUAAAAGUAUUUAUCUUUCCGUUUGGUGAAGUUUCCGCGCUAACUCUGCCACAAGGACGGUGUUUCCAUUCCAUCAUUCGCGCGAAAGCGUUGCGGUGAAUAACCCGUACGUUGUGUUCAUUAUCCUUGUUUUUUCCCUUUUUUGAACCGGUUUAAUGCCGUUGAUUUCGGUUAGGCUUUAGUUGUGUACCGCUCCGUGUAAAAUAGCUAAUUAAUGGUAACAAAAAAGAAAAGAAACGUAGCCAUUUAGAGCAAUGUGCAGCACACGCGGGAGCGUUCUCUGCCCUGUGGUGCUGUGUAAUGAUGGCGAAGAAAUGGAAUGACGAAUGGUUAGAAUUAAUCUUAGAUCUGUAGGUAGUGUUCUAUUUUUUUUUUGGUUUAUUUGCUUUUUCGGGACUGGAAAGGCGGCACAACUGCUGGAUAGGCGAUGCAGCAUUACGGGGAACAACGUUUUCCCCUAUUAUUCUCAAGCUGUUAUCUUGUACAUUUUACACUCUCUUCUUAUUUUCUCUUAUUUAGGUGAAUUGCUUUUGCUGUGGGCUCGUAGUUUUCAACUCUGUACAUAGGUGUAGCUACGUUACGAAUCUUUAUCUAGACUUUAUUUAUGUUUUUUUUUUCCUUCGUGACACCUCGUCAGUUGGUAGAGGCGUUUUCUGUUAGUCUGUUUUGCACUGUUUUGUAAAUCCUUUUUUCCUUAAUCUCUAUCUCUCUCUCUCUCUCUGUUAAGUAGAUUUUAUGCUCCACUAUUUUCUUCAAUCUAGCUGAAUUUGUUACUUUAUGUGUUGUUUUCCCCCCGUUCUGUUUUUUGCCCCUCGCAAACGUGCUCUUAUAGCUUCCACGUACAGCAUCACCAAUCUUGGAGCGGCGCAACAGCGGCGUGUUUAGUAGCGUGUUUGUGAUGCAUCGUUUCGUAUAUCGAAAACCAUACCAGUAGCUGAGUCUCACAAGUCGCGGAUAGUUAGCGAACAUUACGUGCGUUUAGACGGAAGACUUGUAGUUAGUACGAUAGAAUGAAAAUUUGAUGGAACUUUCCAUCCCCAAUAGCCCUCAAACAAAAUUGCUACAAGCUUGCCUUGGAGCCGUAACAUAAACAUGAGGCAAACAGGGUGUUUUGAUGCUAAACUGUUUCAAUUUUUUAUUGAGUGACCAGAAAAAUGCGUUGUUUUAUCUCUUUCUCUCUCUCUUUAUCCAUUCUCGUUGUACGAUCAACUAAAAGAGCCAGUAUGGUUUCAGAAUUUCAGUGUAAAUGCGUUGCGAAGAUCUUUUGCUAGUUCAAAGAACACAUUAAGGAAAAAGCCGUGCUGCAAUAGUAAUAGUACUCCGUGUAUCGAAUUAGAUUCUCCCACUGAAUUUGCUGACGAAAAACAAAAGACCACUCAAAACAACACUGUUAACGUACUUGUAGUGAAUGCUAUUUAUUGUAUCGAUUGCCAACUACUGCUUGUGCAGCGCUCCAUUUCGUUCCCAGUUCUCACUCCACUCUGCAAAGAGCGACACAUAACAGUAAUAGUAAUAAUAGUGGGGGCUAUCCGGAGGGCCCCCUCACCCCCUGAGAGUGGGCAUUACGGGUGGGCAGCAUUUUAUUCAGUCGUCCAACCCUUUGUACGGUGCCAGACACCCUAACCGGACAUAUUAUAGACAGCAACACAACUCUCGCCGGCUCUCUUGAAAUCGAUGCGAUCGAGAGACCGCACAGACAAUGCAUGCGUAUUACACUAAUGACACAUAGCAAAUAGUAGAUUAAUCAAACAAAACAAAACAAAACAAAGAAACUCAUACCACAUACUGGAACUCUGGAUUAAUGCAUUAGCAAAAGACAAGUCACGAUGUAAUAGAAAAUAUAAGAAAGUACCCAAACAUUUGCAACGUUUCUGUUUCCCCCCCCCCCCCACCAUUUUCCCGUGGCAGACGCGGUAGCGCGCCCUGUAUAAAGAAACAUACAUAUAAAAUCAACUCCGUCACCAGAUAAUCAUCAAUUACCCGUUCAGUCUGAGCAUACAGAGAAAACCCUGGCAACAACAAACAAAAAUGUCCAAAAAUGCUUGCAAACGAUGUAGAAAAAAAAAAAAAUUAAAUAAUGAAAGACUAAAAACCCGACAUUCAACUUAGAUUUGUUGUAGAAGAUGUAAAAUGUAUCUCCCGUGUCGUAGGAAUUUGAAAAAAAAACGAAUCCUCUUCGCUUCUAGGUAAGAUUUAGUCUCUGAAGCAAGCGCGAAAUAGAGGAAAAGAAACAAUAGGAAGGAAAAAUUAAGCAAACAAAGAAGAAAAACAGGAAUCGGCACAUGAAAAGUGUAAAACACACACAUGAAUUUAACACAAUUUAGAAUUACUAAAAGAAGAAAAACAAGAAGAAAACGCGCACGAAAAGCAAAUAAAGGUAAGCAAACAAACAAACAAACAAAAAACAUAGAACUGGAUGGUGGCAUUACCAAGUGCGAAUGCAAAUUACUACAAUUACAUACUACUAAUAGACGUUAACGUUGCGCUGGCAGUUUGAACAGUACAGUACACUUAUAUAAUUACUAAAACCAACUUGUGGUAUACAAAACUAGUAAAAAAAAACAGAAAAGAAAGGGAAAACAUAUACCUUUUCUUCGUAACGGUCAAGGAACAAGGAAAUGCGUUGGCGUGUGUGUGUGUUUUUUUCUCCAAAUUGCGUAUUUCACAAUAAAAACAAACACACAGUCAUUUCACCAUCGUUUGAACUAAUAGUAAAGCAAUGGUGUCCAUUA